UUCUGCUACAAAUCUUCGUUUCUCAUAUAGUUCAUUGCUGUUGUUCAUAGACUUCAGAAUUUAUCAAUGAAUCAGAUAAACAGAAAUUCAUUGUAGACUGUCAUGUAAACGAUGAUACUUCAAAAAUGAAAUUUGAGAUAUCCGAUUUACCAACUAGAUCAGGAAAAUUAAAUGUUGAUAACGAUAAUGAUAACGAUGAUCAUAGGGAAGAGUGGAAUAACCAGUGUGAUUUUUUUCUAUCAGUACUUGGUUAUGCAGUUGACUUAGCAAAUGUUUGGCGAUUUCCAUAUGUAUGCUUUACUAAUGGUGGCGGUGCUUUCCUAAUUCCCUACUUUAUUGUGAUGAUUUGCAGUGCAACACCAAUGUUCUACUUGGAAUUGAUUUUAGGCCAAAAACAUCGUCGUGGAGCUAUUUCUCUUUGGGAUAUAUGUCCUAUGUUUCGAGGUGUUGGUAUUGCUCAAGUAAUCAUAUCCUAUAUAGUUGCAUUCUAUUAUAAUACAAUAUCUGCAUGGUCACUAUACUUUUUAUUUGUAUCCAUUACGGAUAUUCUACCAUGGACCUAUUGUGAUCAACGAAGGGGUAAUAGUAUUAAUUGCGUGAAUUUUACGUAUUUACAAAACUUAUCUAAUUUUAUUUCCAAUGACGAAAAUGAUUUAUUACAACAGAAAAAUUAUAGUCUUGCUUCAAUUGAAUAUUUUGAACGUGUUGUUUUGAAAUUACAGCAAAGUACUGGUUUAGAAGAUCUUGGACCAAUUAGAUGGCAAUUAGUAGGAUGUACUAUAUUCAUAUUUAGUAUACUAUUUGCAUCAAUGAGGAAUGGAGUGAAAACAUCGGGCAAGGUUGUGUAUGUGACUGCAUUACUUCCAUAUUUAUUGUUGGGUAUACUUUUAAUUAAUGGAUUGACGCUGAAUGGUUCCUAUAAUGGAAUUUGGUACUUUAUUAAACCGCGCUUUGAUAAAUUAUCAGAAAUGACGGUUUGGGCGAAUGCAGCUAUUCAAAUAUUUUUUUCAACUGGAGCAGGAUUCGGUGCACAUAUCGCUUAUGCAACGUAUAAUCCUAGACGGUACAAUUGUUACAGAGAUUGUUUGAUCACUUCAUUUGUGAAUGCUUCUACAAGUUUAUUUGCUGGCGUUACUGUAUUCGCUUAUCUUGGUUAUUUGGCUCAUCUUACUCAUACUACAGUACAAACUGUAACAGGAGAAGGUCCAGGAUUGGUAUUUCAAGUUUAUCCAUUAGCUAUCGGAACUUUACCUUUCGCACCAUUAUGGGCAACAAUAUUCUUUCUGUUACUUAUAAUGCUCGGAUUAGACAGUGGAAUGGGUGGAUUAGAAUCCGUUGUCACCGCUUUAACUGACAUUGUACCGAAGAGAUUUUCACGUUACAGACAUUUACGACCUUUCAUUACAUUGGCUGUAAUUGGUUCGGCCUGUUCAUUUGCCUUCAUUAAUGUAACCAGUGUAUGUAUUCUAGUCAAUAAUCUUUGUCCAACGUAUUCAGCAAAUUCAAAAACUCCAGGGGGGAUGUAUGUAUUCAACCUUAUGGAUCGAUAUAUGGCUGGUACUGCAUUACUCAUUGGAAGCUUAUUUCAAGUGAUUGCCAUAGCAUGGUUUUAUGGUAUGAAUAAACUUUGUCAAGAUAUUAUAUCAAUGAAUCUUCCCACACCUAAUAUAUACUGGCGACUGUGCUGGAAACUGUUAACACCCAUCACUUUGACUGUUAUGAUAAUCAGUUCACUGAUAGAUCCUACACCAUUACAAUAUAAUUAUGGAGCAAAACAUCCAGAAUUAUCAACUAAUUAUUCAAAAAGAGUAAAUAUCGCUCUGCACGGAACUUCACAAUUUUAUGUUUAUCCAAAAUGGUCAAUUUAUUUAGGUUGGACCAUGAGUGGAAUAUCAAUUAGCAUGAUUCCAUUGGUAUUUUUCAUUGUUUUGGUUAAAAAUGGUUUUAGAAUGAAGAUUAGUGAAGUUUUCUCAAUGGGACCACUUGAUUUAUGGCCAGUCAAGAAACGAAAUCAAAUAUGUAAUCGAUAUUUCAACCGGAGUGAAGGAAACCAUGACAAGAAACAUACUAGCAAAAUAAAUGAUGAUAAAAAUAUACAAAGUAAUCAUUAUGAAUCUACAAGAUAGGCAAAUUAAGACCUAGAGUUUAUCAAUUCAUACAUAAGAAACAUUUACAAUCACAAUCUACCAGAACAAUUACGAAAUAAUUA